AUGGCCGACAACUUCGCUCCCCCGCCCGGCCCCCCGCCUCCCAAGGCCCCAGAAGUCCCUCCCGGUUGGACCGCCCGCUGGAACGACCAGUACAAAGAAUGGUUCUACGUAAACCUCCACACAAAGCAGUCCCAAUGGGAAAAGCCCACCGAACCAGCCCUGCCCCCUCCCCCUCCUCCCCAGGACGGUGAGCACCCAGACGGCCCUCCUCCGGGCUACGCCCCGAGACCGGGCGACGGCCCCGCGCCACACCCCGUCGACGCGAAGCCGAACCCCUACGAGAACCACAGCGCGACCCCGCAACCACCCGGCGGCGCCGGCGGCCCCUCUAACGCCAUGUCAGAAGACGAGCGCCUCGCCCGCCAGCUCCAGGCCGAGGAGGACCAGCGCAACCGCGGCUCCCACUCCCCCAUGCCCCCCGGCUACGGCCUGCAGCAGCAACAGCACCAGCAGCCGCAGUCCCCCUUCCCCGAGCAGCUGCCCCCGCGCGUGCAGGAGCGCGGCAAGAGCGGCGGCUUCCUCGGCAAGCUGCUGGGCAAGACCAAGACCGGGAGCAGCAGCCAGGGACAGUACGGCGGCGCCGGAGGCUACCCGCCCCAGCAGCCGCAGUACGGGGGGUACCCCCAACAAGGAGGCUACCCGCCCCAGCAGGGAGGCUACUAUCCCCCUCAGCAGGGCGGCUACUACCCCCCGCAACAGCCGCAAUACGGAGGCUACGGCGGCGGCGGGUACCCGAUGCAGCAGCAGGGCUACGGGGGUUACGGCCGCGGACAGGCAAUGGCUGGCGGCAAGAGGCCCGGCGGCGGCGGUAUGGGCAUGGCCGGUGGUCUGGCUCUCGGUGCCGGCGCCGGUCUGCUUGGUGGCGCGCUGCUUGCGGACCACAUUAAUGACGAGCAGCACGAGGCAUACGCUGAGGGAUACAAUGACGGUAAUAACAAUGAUGAUUUCGGCGGUGGUGAUGACUUUGGCGGAGACGAUUUUGGUGGUGACUUCUAA